AGGAAGAGGAAGUAAGUUUUUAUAACCUGGUAGUAGCGUUGUUGUGUUUGUGGACUGAGCUGGAGGACGACUGUGUUCUGUCCCAGACAAAUAUUUGAGCUGUUGAACUAACAAUGUCCUCAGCUGAGAAUUUGAGAGACUUGAUCAUCGAGCCACUAACUGUUUCUCCUGAAGAAAUAUUCGGACUCUUUGAAAGAACUGUCGUCCAGUCCGAGGAAGAGAUAGAUCGUCAGCGCAGACUGCUGGAUAUCACCUGGAAACCCGUGAUAAAGUUACACAGAAUAGACCUCCCACCUCAACAUGUCUGCACAGAGGAGGAGGUUCUCACUGGGCAGCAGCUCUGUAACCAGGAGAGGAACUCCAGUCUGGACCAAGAGGAUCCAGAACCUCCACAGAUUAAAGAGGAACAUGAGGAACCAGAGCAUUCACAGAUUAAAAAGGAACAAGAGGAACCAGAACCUCCACAGAUUAAAGAGGAAGAAGAGGAACCAGAACCUCUGCAGAUAAAAAAGGAACAGGAAGAACCAGAACCUCUACAAAUGAAAGGGGAACAGGGGGAACCAGAACCACCACAGAUGAAAGAGGAACAGCAGGAACCAGAACCUAUACAGAUAAAAAAGGAACAGGAAGAACCCGAACCUCCACAGAUUAAAGAGGAACAGGAGGAACUCUGCAGCAUUCAGUGGGAAGAACAUCUUGUACUGAACCAGGAGACUGAUUCCUUUGUGGAGACUCCUACUGAUGAGGACAGUGAAUAUAGUGAACCAGAACCAAACAGUGACCAGUUCCUCUCUUGGAAGUCUGAAUCCAAACAGCUGAACCCAAAGCAGAGACGUCACAGAAACACAAGUCACAGUAACAAUGUAGACAACUCUUCCAUGUCAGAGAAUCAGUAUGAUACUGACACUGGUAAAAAGUCUGUAACAUGUGAUGUCUGUGGGAAAGCCUUUAAGUACAUGUCUUUAAUGAAAAUACAUUACAGAUUUCACACUGGGGAGACACCUUACCAGUGCAACACAUGCGGUAAAAGUUUCACGCGUACUAAUAGUUUAAUUUUACACACUAUGAUUCACACAGGUGAGAAGCCAUAUCCUUGCAAACUAUGUGGGAAGAGUUUUAUUAAAAAUGGUGCUUUGACUCGGCACAUGAGGAUUCACACAGGUGAGAAGCCGUACGGUUGUGACACAUGUGGUAAAACCUUCACUGAAAAAAUUAAUUUAACAUGUCACCUGAGGACUCACACAGGUGAAAAGCCAUACGGUUGUGACACAUGCGGUAAAACCUUCGCUGAUGGAAGUACUUUAACAAAGCACAGGAGGACUCACACAGGUGAGAAGCCAUACAGUUGUGACACAUGUGGUAAAACCUUUCAUCGACGCAGUAAUUUAUACAAACACAUGAGGACUCACACAGGUGAGAAGAAUUACGGUUGUGACACUUGUGGUAAAACCUUCACUGAAAGAAGUUUUUUAACAAGACACAUAAGGAUUCACACAGGGGAGAAGCCAUAUGGUUGUGACACAUGUGGUAAAAGCUUCAAUCGAAGUUCUCAUUUGACUACUCACAUGAGGACUCACACGGGUGAGAGGAAGUACAGUUGUGACACAUGUGGUAAAACCUUCCGUGAAAAAGGUACUUUAACUGGUCACAUGAGGAUUCACACAGGUGAGAAGAAGUACAGUUGUGACACAUGUGGUAAAACCUUCAUUCAUGGAGGUUCUUUAAGGAAGCACAGGAGGACUCACAAAAGUGAGAAUUUGUUGUCCUGAAACAUCUGUGUGGAACAAAAGCUGAGCUUCAUAAAAAAUCAUUCAAUCAUAAAAAUGAUUUUUUCAGGUUUAUCGUUGUUCCUGAAAUCUGAUCAAAUUAUUCUCUGAGAUACGUUGAAAUAAUUUUUUUAGUCCGGACCCAGCAUUCUGAAAAAACAAGCCACUCACCUUAAGCACACAAAUACCAAACCUGGGCACUAAACAGAUGGACGGAGACAUCUCCCUCUGCUUGGAACAACCAUCUAACUGAUACUUGAGUUUACAACAGGAUUUGGAGAGGACCACUUCAAGACCACCUUAGUUUGUUAACCUAAAGCCUGUGCAUGAGCUAUAGGACAAGGAGAUUAUAGGAAAACCAAACUGUUGUAAUGGUCAGAACUGAAAGAACAUGGCUAACGAAACCACUCUUCCUGAGACUGUAGUACCUUGUAUAGAAACUGACAAUGUUUCAGUGACAUUACUACUCAAAUUGUGUGAGGUGACAAUGUCAGACUGGACAUUCAAUAUGAGGUUGGAAAACGGUGCAGUGAAUUCAUGGGGAAUCCUCCAGAAGCAAAGAUCUGAACUUCUACAAAAAGGACAAUUUUCCCAUGGUGAAGUGGCAAUGAAGUACUCUAGAUUAUCAGUAAAGUUCUUUUUCGUGUAUCAUCAGUAAUAUUAAAAACACUACUUCCUGUCA